AUCAAGAAGAAGACGCAGCAUGCGGCCGCGCGCUACUCCGAGAAGAACAACAACGUCCAAUAUUAUACAGAGAACCUGUUGGAAGAGAACGAGGAGAGUGAAGAGCUGAGUGAAGUGGAGGAGAAACCUUUGAGUUGCUCAAAGACUAAAAAUACAUUUUUAAAGAAAAGUAGAGCCAAGAAAUCUUUCACAUGCACUCAGUGUGGAAAGAGUUUCACAAACAAACAUAAUCAUGAGCUUCAUGUGACAGUUCAUACUGGAGAGAAGCCGUUCACAUGUGAUCAAUGUGGGAAGAGUUUCACAUACAAAGAAAGUCUUAAGAUUCACAUUAGAGUUCACACCAGAGAGAGGCCAUUCACAUGUAAUGAAUGUAGCAAAACAUUUCUUAGGGCAUCCGACCUGAAGACACACAUGACUGUUCAUACGAAAGAGAAGCCACAUUCAUGUUCUGUGUGCGGAAAGAGUUUUUCAAGGCUGCAAUGUUUAUAUACACAUGAGAAAAUUCAUAUUGGUGUUAGAGCUCAUAUGUGCUGUGAGUGUGGAAUGACAUUUAUUCAUGUGAAUCAUUUAAAACAGCACCAGAGAAUUCACACUGGGGAAAAACCUUACAAGUGUUCACACUGUGACAAGAGAUUCAGUCAGUCAGGAAGUCUGAAAGCACAUGAGAGGAUCCACAAUGGAGAAAAACCUUACAUGUGUUUACACUGUGACAAGCGAUUCAGUCAGUCAGAAAGUUUGAAAGCACAUGAGAGGAUCCACACAGGAGAGAAACCGUACACGUGUGAUCAGUGCAGGAAGAGUUUCACUGUUAAAAGUCACCUGAAUCGACACAUGAGGAUCCACACUGGAGAAACACCUUACAUGUGUUCACACUGACAAGAGAUUCAGUCAGUCAGGAAGUCUGAAAGGACAUGAGAGGAUCCACAAUGGAGAAAAACCUUACAUGUGUUUACAAUGUGACAAGAGAUUCAGUCUUAAACAUGCACAUGAAGAUCCAUGCAGUGGAGAAACCAGAUCAGCACAGUCUGAAAUCACGGUUCCUCUAGAGGAAUUGCUCUGAGACCAGCCGAGCAUCAAGAGACCAGAUGCUUCAUCAUCUCCAGCUUCUCUCUCUCUUUUUUUUUUUUUUUU